CCUCCUCCUCCUCUUAGUGCUCCGGGUAGGCGGGAAAGCCAAGCCCUAUAAGAGAAGCAGCCGGUGCCGGGAACCGGCCGCUGCUCCGGAGCUGUGCCCCGAGAUCGCACCGCAGGAACAGCCAAGGUGCCCCUCGCCAAACAGGUUGCCACCAUGUCUGUAUCGCACAGUUCCAAGCUUAACAAAGGGGUCAGAGACCAGUAUAUGAAGCUACCCCAAGGGAAGAAGGCCUUGGCCACGUACAUUUGGAUAGACGGAAGCGGGGAAGGCCUUCGCUCUAAAACCAAGACCUUACACCAGGAACCAAAGUGCGUUGAAGAACUAUCGGAAUGGAACUUCGAUGGCUCCAGCACGGGACAGUCCGAAGGAUCCAACAGCGACAUGUUUUUAAUUCCCGUGAAGAUGUUCCGAGAUCCGUUUAGCUUGGACCCCAACAAGCUGGUAAUGUGCGAAGUUCUGAAGUACAACCGGAAACCGGCGGAGACCAAUUAUAGGUACACCUGUAAGCAAGUCAUGGAUUUGGUGAAAGACAGCCAGCCUUGGUUUGGCAUGGAGCAGGAAUACACCUUGCUGGGCAUGGAUGGACGUCCAUACGGCUGGCCCGAAAACGGAUUUCCGGGUCCACAAGGACCCUAUUACUGUGGGGUUGGUGCAAACAAAGUGUACGGACGCGAUAUUGUGGAAGCACACUACAAAGCUUGCAUGUACGCUGGCGUGGAGAUCGGUGGCACCAACGCUGAAGUCAUGCCAUCUCAGUGGGAAUUUCAAGUGGGGCCGUGUGUAGGCGUUGAAAUGGGCGACCACCUGUGGAUGGCGAGAUACAUUUUACAUCGGGUCUGUGAAGAUUUUGGUGUCGUGGCCACCCUGGAUCCUAAGCCAAUGACCGGGAACUGGAAUGGAGCUGGAUGCCAUACGAAUGUCAGCACCAUAGAAACAAGGCAGAUAGGGGGUAUCAAGGCCAUUGAAGCAGCCAUCGAAAGACUGAGCAAACGCCAUCAGUACCACAUCCGGAUGUACGAUCCCCGAGGAGGCCAGGACAACACCAGAAGGCUAACCGGCCAGCACGAGACUUCCAGCAUCACAGAGUUCUCGGCCGGAGUAGCCAACCGGGGCGCCAGCAUCCGGAUCCCUCGUCAAGUCGGGCAAGACGGCUGCGGCUACUUUGAAGACAGACGGCCGUCCGCGAACUGCGAUCCCUACGCGGUCACUGAAGCCAUUAUGAGGACCGUUCUACUUGGCGAAACGGGGGACGGACCUGUAGAAGACACGAAUGAAACACGGCUGCUAAGGGCCACCCUCAAGGACUGAGCCCCCCACCCCAAGAUGCACGGCCAACCAACUCUUCCCCCUCCCUUCCCAACUCAUUCCACCCGUUAGUAAACAUCUGGCAACUUCAGAAAGA